AUGACUUUUUGUUUAGUAUUAAAAACAAUAGGGAAACAUUUUGAAGAUUUAAAGAAUUCAAACAGAGAACACAGGCUUUUAAGGUACCAUAUCCAUGGAGAUAACAGCAAAAAAAAGAAAACAGAGAAAGCUGAGGAAGCUGAGAAAGACAUCCAACCAAAGCAUAUAUUAUCUCCGUUCAAUCUUCCGGAUUUAAAAAUUAAAAUUGGAAAUGAAAUACUUCAUGUCAACAGAGACCAAUUAAUGGAAGUGUCGCCAGUUUUCCAGACAAUGCUAACAGGAAAGUUUAAAGAGAAGAACGCAAUCCAGAUUCACCUUCCUGAUAAAGAUCCAAAAGCAUUUGCUCUUUUUCUCAGGCAUACAUUACCUGGUUUUGAAGGGUUGAUAUUGACAGAUAUGACAGCCCGCCUUAUUCUACCAUUGGCAGAUGAGUAUCAGACCAAUACAUCAUUAUUAAAAAUAGAUCGGGUAUUGGCGGAACUUGCGGAACGAAAGGCAUAUCCAUCUGCAGACGAGUUGACUGAUGAAAUCUUAACAGCUGAAACUUACAAUCUACUAUCAUAUUUAGAAGUGUGUAUUGAAAAGGCAUCAAAAUUCUCCCAUAAAGCGUUUAUAAGAAAUCCAAAGUUUCAUUGUAUAUCAGAUAAUGCAAAGUCAAAACUUUUCUUGCUGAGAUGUAAAGAUAUAGAUUUGACAAUUGACAAAUGCAUGAAGGUGGUGAAAAUGUUGACGACGUAGUAUGUUAUCAUUGCAAAGACAAGUUCCAGAAUUUCUUCAAAUCAAAUAUUAUCAAUAUAUUCAAAGAAGUAAACCAAAGCAAAUAGUCCAAAAUUCAAGUGUUUGAUUCAACUUCAGCUAAUAUUUGUAUGGUCAUUAACAGCCAAAUAUCUGUUGUUUUUGCCUAAAUAUAAAGUUUUAAUCCUGCGCACUUAUUUUCAUAUAUAUGUGAUACAUGUCAUUUUACUAUCGUGAGAUCUUCAUUUGUGAACCUUGCCUGGUAAAACGUCCAUAGGGCAUUUAAAGAAACUUUCAUAUUUUUAUACCCCUGCAGCCCAGAAGUUGUAGUUUAACCAACCCGUGGUGUGAUUUGUUUUACUGUGUUAUGUAUUUUGAAAUUUACGUUAAAUUAAGGUAUUUUUUUAAAAAAAUUACAGUUUAUUAAGGCAACAGUGGUUUACCGCUGUUCAAUAGUAAUAAAUCGAUUAAGCGAAAUAAAUCCGAGUCACAAACCCAAACCGAUGAAAACACAUCAUUUAUAAGAGGUACUAUAUAUUUGAGGCAGAAUUUUGAUGUUUUUUCAUAAACAUUUGUCUUUAAGGGAAAGAAACAUCGUAGAUGUGGUAAAUUCCCUUGCUAUUUAAUGUUUAUUCAAGACUGUAAAUAUAUUUCCUUAAUAAUAUUUCUUUAACAUUUAUUCACCUUUUCGUAUUCAUAUAUUUUUUAGGUUGAAUUUUUAUAUAAUAUUUGCUGGACUUUACAAUAUCAUUGUGUUUUUUUUUGUUUUUUGUUUUUUAUGGAACUAAUUUAAGGCAAGUACAUCUAUAUGACAUGACCCAGUUGUGUCAUGUGUAUUGUGCUUCAGCUGCACGCAUCUUAUUAUUUUUCAUGUUUUUAACAUUUAGUGAUUAUUACCUCCUAAACCGUGUUCCAUGAAUAUAACAACAACUUUGAUUUAAGCGUGCACUUGGUUCAUAAACAACAGUCUGUUUAACCAACCAACAAUUAUCUAGUUUACCUGUUUUAAACAUACUCUGCUUGUCAUAUUUUUGUUGUGUUCAGGUUGUAGGACAAAUUUUACCAAUUUUUUUUUUAAAAGAUACCGUACUCCAACAUGUGUAAGUUAAUUUCAAAAGGGGAUAGGUCCAUCAAAUGUUAAACUUUAUCAACUAACGGAACGAAUAUAAAACAAUUGUCAUAUAUCUGACUUGUUACAGGCAUUAUUUGUAGACAGUGAUGGGUUAAACCUGGUUUAGUAGCCAUUUGGAUUGUUAAAAGUGCUUUUAAUCAGGAAAUGCUUUUUUAUCAAACCUUAUUUUAACCUUGGUUUGAAUGUUUUUGAAUUUGAAUUUGAAUAUCAAUACGAUGGCUUUUGUGUUGUUUUAUUAGAUGAAUAAAUGAUUAGUAAUGCAA